AUGAAGUUUGUUAGCAAAGAAGAUGGAGGAUGGUAUGGUUGGAUUAUUGUUCUAGCAUGUCACUGCGUAGAUGUCUUGAUGCUUGGACUGCUAGCAGGUAUGGGAGUAUUCAUGGUUGAAUUCAUGGAAUACUUUGGAGAAGGAGCCGGAAGGACUGCACUCAUCCAAUCAAUAUUAAUUGGCUGUAUGACAUUUCCUGCCUCUUUGAUCAGCAGCUUGAAUAAUAAAUCUGGCACCAGACCAUUGGUGAUUAUUGGUGGAGUAAUAUCCAGUGGUGGUCUAAUAUUGAGUUCAUUUGCCAACAGUAUUAAUGUGUUACUUCUUAAUUGCAGUGUUUUAGUAGGAAUUGGAUAUGGAUUGAUUUAUGGGCCAAGUAUUAUUCUGGUAGGACGUUAUUUCCAUAAACGUCACGCCCUAGCUAAUGGAAUUGCACAAUCAGGUGUUGCCGUCGGUGUAAUGACAUUCCCACUUCUGUAUCAGAUAUUAAUUGAUAAGUAUGGAUGGAGAGGGGCUAUGCUUGUAAUGGCGGGAAUUAACAUGAAUUUGGUUGUAUGUGGAAUGUUAAUGAGGUCACCACUAAAAUAUUAUCCUGAACCAAUAGAUGAGACACUAGUGAACAUUACGCAACAAUACAGUACAGUGGAUCCUGGAAAAAUUAGUUUCGAGACUGUGGAAACAUUUAAGAAUAAUGAAUUGGAGGAAACAAACAACAUACAAAACUUGGAUGUCAGUCAAGCCACUGCAGAGUGUUGUGAAACUGCCCAGAAUACCAUGGUCUCAUUAAACGUGGAAAGGUUAAAUAAAUUUGAAAUUACGCUUAGCAAAAUUAUGGGAUUACAUUUGUUUAAAAAAUCAUGGUUCCAUGUUCUAUGUAUUUCAGGCUUUCUGGCUGGGAUAGGUCAUAAUACAACCAUGUUUCAUUUUGUAGCCAAAGCGGUAUCUGUUGGAACAGCAAAAAUGGAUUCUGCAAUUCUAAUGACAAUCAUGGGAGUGUGCUCAUUAAUUGGAAGAGCAACACAUGGUUUGUUUGUUGAUACUGGGUUAUUUUCUCCAAUGUUCAUCACAUCAUGUGCCUGGCUUUUGGCAGGAGUAUCACUAAUGUUUAUACUUGUUGCCAAUAGCAACUACUUAGUACUGGCCUUCAUAGCUGCCAUUUAUGGUAUAUCCAGUGGUACAGCAAUUCCCCUUCAUGGUGCAGUUUGUAUGAAAGCAUGUUUUGGUAAAGAAGAUCUGUCAAGCGCAUUUGGCUGGUUUCUGACUUGUAGCAGCAUUGGUAAUAUAUUUGGACCACCUACAGCAGGAUUGAUAUAUGACAUCACCUCCAACUACAAUCUCUCAUUUGUAUUGGCUAGCAGCACUCUAUUGCUUCUGAGUCUACUCAUCUUUAUGCAAAUUAGCUACAAAAGAUGUCAAUCUGGAUGGAAGUUCAAGAAAGAACUUGUUGAUAAACCAGGCUGCCAUGGCAACAAUGAUAACUCAACAUCACACUCACUUCUCCCUACAGAACAUGGAUAG